AUGGGGGAUCUCAUCCCGUCCGACCUGGACGUGGCCCUCCCAAAAACAGAACCUACAAUGUUGAAGGACGUGAUUGGAAGUUUCAAGGAUGACCUGCUACAGUAUAUCGGCUCCGAUAUCACAAAAGAAACGAUAGACAGGGAUUCUAGCAACAUCAGCGAAGAUGAUGAGGAUGAAAAUCAUCAACUUGCAUGGAACGAGCCAUCCAAACCUCGCAAGAUCUCCCAGAAGAAGCGAUCGGAGAUCGCGGGCUUCGAUACGUGGCUAGAAGAGCAUCGAGAGCAGGUCUCGAAGGAGACGGCGGAACGCAUGUCAGGAACCUAUGAUGACAAUUCUGUCAACUACUUGGUGAAGGGCAUGGAGGGCCACAGAAUCAUCACGAGUCCGCGUGACUAUCAAGUCGAACUAUUCGAGAGGGCGAAGCAGAUGAACACCAUCGCCGUACUGGACACUGGCUCUGGCAAGACGUUGAUUGCCGCACUUCUCCUCCAGUGGGUGAUUGACCAUGAGCUGGAAGAUCGCGCAGCGGGACUGCAAAAGCGAAUUUCCUUCUUCCUCGUCGACAAAGUGGCAUUGGUCUUCCAGCAACAUGCCGUUCUGGAUUGUAACCUGGAUCAUCCAGUCGAGAAGUUCUGUGGAACUACGCUGAACCGCGGCUGGAAAACCAAAGCUUUCUGGGACAGCGUUGUGAAUGACAACAUGGUCGUUGUGUGCACGGCAGAGAUCUUGCGGCAGUGUCUACAACACGCAUAUAUCCGAUUAGACCAGAUCAAUCUACUCAUCUUCGACGAAGCUCAUCACGCCAAGAAGGAGCACCCUUAUGCCAAGAUCAUCCUGGACUUUUAUAUACACGAGGAAAACAAGGCUCGCCGUCCGAGAAUCUUUGGUAUGACAGCCUCGCCUGUCGACGCCAAGACCAAUGUCACGGUGGCAGCUACGGCACUAGAAGAGAUCCUGCAUAGCAAGAUUGCGACUGCUUCGGAUCCUACUGUUCUGCAGAGAACAGUCUCUAAGCCAAAGGCGGAGAUUCUCCAAACAUACAACAGACUGUCUUCUCCGCAUAAUACUGAGCUGACAUUGAGGUUGAUGGGACCAUUGGGGUCGAACAAGGCCUUCAGGAAGUUGUUUCAGUUCUCGCGAGACGCUACAUCUCAGUUGGGCCCUUGGUGUGCCGACCGCAUAUGGCAGAAAGUCUUUCUAGAAGAAGGCGAACAACUGAUGAGACUUGAGGCCAGAGGCGAGAGGGAUUUUGCACAGGACACAGCAUUGGGUGUCAUAUCGAAGGAGUACCAGAGUGUGGUCCAUAUAGCGAGGCCCCUUGUCUGUGCACAUUCGUUCGAAUCUGUUCGACCGACUGUAGAGCACCUUUCACCAAAGGUUAUGUCACUUCUGAACUGCCUUUCAGCACAUUUUUCCAAGUCGGAGGAUACGAAAUGCAUCAUUUUCGUACAGAUGCGACUUACUGCUCUGAUGCUCAUGGAUCUUCUGCAGCAGCCUAACAUCAGAAUCAAGAAUGUGAAAGUCGGCACUCUCAAGGGGGAACUCAACUGUCUGAUCUCGACCUCGGUUGGUGAGGAGGGCAUAGACAUCCCAGAUUGCAACUUGAUAAUCAGAUUCGAUCUCUACACUACCAUGAUCCAGUAUAUCCAGUCACGGGGUCGCGCCCGUCACGAGAAUUCGACGUACAUCCACAUGCUCGAAAUAGGAAAUGGAGAACAUCGCCGCAGGCUUUAUCAGAACACCUACAAUGAGGCCGUCCUGCGCGAAUUCUGUAGUGCCUUGCCGGAGGACCGGAAACUCGAGGGAUACGAUUCCAACAUGGACUACUAUCUCAAGCAAGCGAAGAACAAGAGACAAUAUAUCGUGAAGUCAACAGGCGCCAAGUUGAACUUCAAGCAGAGUCUAGUGACUCUUGCAACAUUUGUCUCUUCAUUACCACAUGCUGAUGAGGUCAAUCUGGUCCCCGAAUAUGUCAUGUCCGCGACUGACGAGGGCUAUGUUUGCGAGGUCAUGUUACCACUCACAUCGCCAAUCCGGAGCGUGACAGGUCACUACUUCCCCAGCAAACAGGCUGCCAAAUGCUCAGCAGCAUACGAGAUGUGCCUUGAGUUGAUCAGAAAUAAGUAUCUCGACGAACACCUUCGUCCUAUAUUCACAAAGCAGCUACCCGCAAUGGCGAAUGCUCGAUUGAACAUCUCGUCUAAAAAGAAGGACCAGUACGUCCCGUCAAAGGAAAAUCAUCACUAUGAUUUCUCGACUUGUUCCCAUCCCAGCAAGAUCAUCGACUGGAAAGCCACACAAUAUGUGCAGAGUACGGAGCGUGUGACCUUCGAUGGCAACGAGCCAGAUGACUUCUUCGUCGACAAAUACGUGACGGACCCCUACGACGGAUCUCGCAAAUUCUACCUUCGCAAGGUGAGGCGGGACCUUAAGCAGCAGGAUCCCAUCCCGGAAGGUAUCAAAGUACCGACAAACAGGGCGUGGAAUGAUGUCCCGCAUGACAUACGCAACUACAGUCUGCGUAUGUGGUCCAACUCACGAAACCGCUUCCAGUGGCAAGAAUAUCAGCCUGUUGUCGAGGCCGAUCUGGUCCCCCUUCGACGUAACCUCCUAGACGAGAGGCUUGAUGCAGAGUCGACCAUGCAGACAUGCUUCCUGGUUCUUCAGCCACUGGAAAUUUCACCUCUACCCGUAGAUGUAGUUGCAAUGGCAUACAACAUCCCGGCCAUCAUCUAUCGACUGGAGUCGAAUCUUGUUGCGUUAGAUGCUUGCAAACUGGUCGGCCUUGAUAUCCGGCCGGAUCUGGCUAUCGAAGCAUUCACCAAAGACAGCGACAACACUGACGAGCAUGAUCAAGAGCCCCUGAACUUUCAGGCGGGUAUGGGCAAGAAUUACGAGAGACUGGAGUUUCUCGGAGACUCGUUUCUCAAGAUGGCCACGACAAUUUCUUUGUACACCCUUAUCCCCGACAAGAACGAAUUCGAUUACCACGUUGAGCGCAUGUGCUUGAUCUGCAACAAAAAUCUCUUCAACAACGCCCUGGAUCUCAAUCUUCAGGAGUAUAUCCGCUCCAAGGCGUUCAGUCGCAGAACCUGGUAUCCCGACAAUCUCGAGCUGAUCAAGGGAAAGAAGACCGAGGAGAAGAAAAACAAGAACACACACAUUCUCGCAGACAAAUCCAUUGCCGACGUCUGCGAAGCGCUCAUUGGAGCUGCUUACAUGACUGGACGGGAGAGCAAUGACUUUGACAUGGCGGUUCAGGCGGUCACAGUAGUUGUGAAUCACAAGAAUCAUCGAAUGAAAUCUUGGUCUGAAUACUAUGCUGCAUACGAGAAGCCCAACUGGCAGACUGCUAGCGCCUCAGCCUCUCAGCUUGCUCUAGCGAAGAAGAUCAAGGAGAAGAUGGGCUACGACUUCAAGUACCCUCGCCUACUGCGCUGUGCUUUCCGACAUCCGUCUUAUCCUCGUCAUUAUGAGAGCCUGCCCAGCUACCAACGACUGGAGUUCCUCGGUGAUGCCCUGCUCGACAUGACAAUCGUGGAUUAUCUAUACCAGAAGUAUCCAACGAAGGAUCCCCAAUGGCUCACUGAGCACAAGAUGGCCAUCGUGUCCAACCAAUUCCUCGGCUGCCUCGCCGUUUCACUCGGUUUCCACAAGCACAUGCUCUCCUUCAGCAGCACCCUGCAGAAGCAAGUCAUGGAGUACGUAACAGUGAUCGUCGAAGCCAAGGAGCAAGCAGAGGAGGAGGCGCAGCGAACGAAGGAGGGCUUCGCAUGGGACUACUGGGUGAACGUCAACCACCCGCCGAAGUGCCUCGCCGAUCUGGUGGAGGCGUACGUCGGCGCGGUCUUUGUCGACUCGCAGUACGACUACGGCCAGGUGCAGGCCUUCUUCGACACGCACGUCCUGCCCUACUUCAGAGACAUGAGCAUCUACGACACCUUCGCGAACAAGCACCCCGUCACCUUCUGCUCCAACCUGCUGGGUCAGACGUUCCACUGCAACGGCUGGGGCGUGCAGAUCCAGGAGGUUCAGGUCACCGAGGGCGAGGGCUUCAUCACGGGCGCGACCAAGGUCGUUGCGGGCUUCAUGGUCCACGGCCAGGUGGUCGGUCAUGGUGUUUCGGAGAGCGGACGGUACGCGAAGAUCUACGCGGCCAAGGAGGCCCUGAAGAAGCUGCAGAGCAUGACCGUCUCGGAGUUCCGAGAUGAGUUCAAGUGCAACUGCAUUCCGGAGGAGGCGGCAACAGACGAUGUGCUGGAGCAUGCUACCGCGGUUUGA